CUCCACUUAUCAAAUCCAUUUCUCUUUCUAUAUAAACUCCUCCUCUCUUCCUCUUCCUGUUCUUCUUCCUCUGUACCGGUGCCGUUCUGAUUCCGGCGUUUCACUCUGCACCGGCAACUGAAAUACACUCUUCAUUUUUCUUUUCAAUUUUGUUUUGAAAUGGAUAUUCCGCACUUCUUGUUCGGAGUUCUUGGAAAUGCGACUGCUCUGUUUCUGUUCUUAUCCCCAAUGAUUACUUUCAAGAGAAUCAUAAGAAGCAAAUCGACGGAGCAAUUCUCUGGCAUUCCAUACGUUAUGACGAUGUUGAAUUGUCUUCUAUCCGCUUGGUAUGGAUUACCAUUUGUGUCUCCACAUAACAUUCUGGUGUCGACGAUAAACGGAACAGGGGCGGCGAUAGAGAUAAUAUACGUGAUGAUCUUCAUAAUAUACGCGCCGAAGAAAGAAAAAGGGAAAAUCGGAGGAUUGUUUACAUUUGCGAUGGGAGCUUUCGCGGCGGUGGCGUUGGUGUCGGUUUUUGCGUUGCAGGGCAAAAACAGAAAGCUCUUCUGUGGUUUGGCUGCCUCCGUUUUUUCUAUCAUCAUGUACGGCUCCCCACUCUCCAUAAUGAGAACAGUGAUAAAGACAAAGAGCGUUGAGUAUAUGCCAUUUUUCCUGUCGCUAUUUGUGUUCUUGUGUGGCACAUCUUGGUUCAUAUAUGGCCUUCUUGGCCGCGACCCUUUUGUUGCUGUGCCAAAUGGGUUCGGGUGUGGCUUGGGUGCGUUGCAGCUGAUUCUCUACUUCAUCUACCGUGAUUCCCAGCCCGGCCCAGAUGAGAAGCCCACUAUCGAUGGGUCCAACAUGGAAAUGGGCCUACACAAGUCCCAACUCGACAAGCCGCAAGCCACUGCGAAAGUGGACCGUGAUGAUCAACUCUAGACACGUGUCCUUGUGAUCCACAGACGGUGACCGAGUUUUCCUCACCGCCCGGUGUAAUUGGUGGGGCCGUCUCGCUUCUCUACUUCUCUUCUUGCUUCAACUUUUAAGUUGUGCUUCUACUAUGUUUUAGAUUUUUCUUUUCUUUUUUUUUUUUUUUUCUUUUUCCCUUUUAAUUCUUGUUUUUCUUGUGGGUUCGGUUAACAAUGUACAAGACGACACGUCGUUCUACACCCCGAACGAACUGAUGGGAGCAACGACGUGUCUCCAUCUGGUGGUUUUUGCCUUUUGAAAAAAGAAAAGAAAAAAGGCAUAGUCAAUUGCUUAUGUAUUUCGAAUUCCCAUUACCGAGGAAAGUUUAUAAUGGAAUAACACUAGCAAAUUGAUUA